AUGCAACACAAUGAUACAAGUUCAAAUAAUUUAUUUACAAAUAUUGAACGGUUAGGUACACGUGAUUUAUUAUCCUAUGGACAAUUUUCAUAUGAUACUAUAUUAAUAUCAAUCCAAAGUAAUAAUACAGUACCAUUAUCAGUUAAUGUAAAUGAUUUAAUGAUAUCCUUAAUAAGUUAUAAUUUAUGUAAAUCUAGUAUAUUACUUGGACAAACAACAAAAGAAUAUAAUGAAUUAUAUAUACAUUUAAUUGAACGUAAUUAUAAAUUAAUAACUAAAACUCAUGCAUAUGCAUCAUGUUUAUUUUUACUUGAAAUUCAUGAAGUUGAUUUAAAUUCAUAUGAUAUUUGA